AGAACAGAAGGAGAUACAGUACCGGGAACUGUGACAGGAUCCCAGUGCAAACGUGCAAAUGUAGCAGGUGGACCCGAGCUAGAGAUGGAUGUAAUGGAAACGGAGGGAGAGAAUGAAUGAGUCACGAUGUAGAGAGGGAGAGAGAUUAGAAAAAGAGGGAUGAGAGAGAGGGAGAAACGCAGCGAGACCGGCCGACAGAGGGAUGGAAGUCACAUGGAAAGAGGGAGGUAAGAGGCAGACACGCAGCAAGAAAUAGAGGGUGAGUGUUAAGCCGGUUUGUCGGGCAGUGCAGACAGCCCUGCCUCUUUCUGUUCUACGUCACGGCAGAGCGGAGCGAGCAGGACUACCCCGAUGCUGACAGGAGGAAAGGAGCACUCCAGUCUGCCAGAAGCCGGCUGCUGCUGCUGCAUCUCGUCAGUGGACCCCUUGGAUCUCUUAUUGACAUUACAGAGCUCUUUCUUUUUUUCCUCUUCCCCCUUCAUUGUGAUCCGGGCCAAAACAGAGGAGCUGGAUUGACAAAGACAUAAAGGGAUCCUGCAGCUUCUAACUCUCGAGACCUUUUGGACUAUUCUUCGUCUUUUUGCUGCUUUCAAUCAUUCAGGUGUCAGGAUACAAGCAGAUAUCAGACUGAAUCAAAUGGAUUAAGGACUAGAUCCAGUAAACACUCAACUCCAUUCAAAAGACUUUGAACUACAUCAAAUUAAUUCUGGAGUAGAUCAGAGAAACUGGACUAAAUCAGAUUUAUUGUCAGCUCUUUAACGUGUGUGCAUGUUAUAAGCCAUUUUACUAAGCUUUACUUAAAGAAGCAGAUUUGAUAAAGAUAGACUUUGACUACAGAAGUCGAGGAUCUGUGCUAUUGAUAAAAAUGAUGGCCUAUGAGUAAGGAAAUGGUGGUAAUGAUUGGGUUCCCCAGUGAUACUGACAAAUGGAUACCUCAUCGCUGCUGACUCACCACUGGGCCAAAGAUGCCGCGCUCUGUUGCCAUCACGUCGGAGUUAAAGCCUUUGACUUAGAUUUUAUCUGGGGGAAAAGACAAUUGAUCGGAACAAAUGGAAAAUGAAGUGACAAUCUCUCACUUGUUUUUACUCGAUUUUCACUUUUGAACAUCUGAAGACGUGGCAGGAGCUGAUUACCUUUUUUUUCUUCAAUUUUCCCCAGAAGAUAAAAACGGUGAACAAUGAGCUGCUUGUUUUACUUGUUCACUGUCACGAUAGAUUGAAGAAAAGCCAUUUCUUUGUAAUCCUUUGAAAGUGUCUUUCCGUUCUUCAAACAUGUGCCCUUGCCCUUUUUAAACCAAGGACACCAACAUUGAUUGGUUUCUUCUUCUCCAGCACUCGACCCUGCUCACUUCGCAGGACAGGUGAAACUCAAACCAAGUUUAUGGACACGUCAGAAACAGAUUUUUCCUCUACGCUCGGAUUGCAGAUCCACUUACCAUGGGAUAACUGUACGUUGAACUAAGUGAUUAAGUAACCCCUUGUUCAACAUGGUGGUGACUCGUCUGGAGCUGGAGCUCCGCUACCAGGGAAAGAAGUUACGCGGCGUGACGUGGAAGUUGACUCGAUCAGAACAUGGGUUCAUACCAGAGAGCUCUUGGCUCAUUGCUGCCCAGGUUAUGGUGCCGUACCUGGUGUCAGGGCUCGGGAUGGUCUCCGCCGGUAUUGUUAUGGACCUUAUACAACAUUGGACGGUGUUUAAGGUGAUAACAGAAGUGUUCAUCCUGGUGCCUGCGCUGGUGGGACUCAAAGGAAACCUGGAGAUGACCCUGGCUGCUCGACUCUCCACUGCUGCCAACACAGGCCAAAUGGACGACCCUGAUAAACAAUGGACCAUGGUGUGCAGCAAUCUGGCACUGAUACAGGUUCAGGCGACAGUGGUGGGCUUCCUCGCGGCAGUGGCAGCUGUGUGUUUAGGGUCAUUUUCUAGAGGGGGGAUUGAACUGGACCAGGCAGCUGUUCUCUGUGCUAGCAGCAUCACUACAGCCUUUGUAGCUGCUCUUUCCUUAGGCCUGGUGAUGAUCGGAGUGAUCAUCGGCUCCAGGAAGGUGGGGAUCAACCCCGACAACGUGGCCACCCCCAUCGCUGCCAGUCUGGGUGAUUUGAUCACCCUGUCCCUGCUGGCCGGGGUCAGCAGCACACUCUAUGAAUAUAAAGAUAUAUGGUACCUGUCGCCCGUGGUGAUUCUGGUCUUCCUGGCUCUGAUCCCGCUGUGGGUGGUGGUGGCCCGACAGAGCCCUCAGAUCAGCGAGGUCCUCCGCUCAGGCUGGCAGCCUGUUAUAGUAGCCAUGUCCAUUAGCAGUUUCGGAGGCCUUAUACUGGACAAGACAGUGAGUGAUCCCAACUUUAAGGGCAUGGCUGUCUUCACGCCCGUCAUUAACGGUGUGGGUGGUAACUUGGUGGCCAUCCAGGCCAGUCGGAUCUCUACCUACCUGCACUUCUGGAGCAUCCCAGGGGUGCUGCCCUACAAGAUGAGGCAGCACUGGCCCAAUCCUUGCAUCACCUUCUUCUCCUCAGGAGUGAACUCCAAGUCAGCGCGGGUGCUUCUGAUGCUGGUUGUCCCCGGUCACCUGGUCUUCCUCUACGCCAUCUCUCUGCUGCAGGGAGAAGAGGUGCCUAUCAGUGUAGCCUUCACAAUCUGCUACCUGUGUGCUGCUCUGCUGCAGGUGGCCAUCCUCCUUUACUUUGCCGACCUCAUCAUCCGUGUGAUGUGGAGACGGAGCCUGGACCCAGACAACUUCUCCAUCCCCUACCUGACCGCCCUGGGGGACCUGCUGGGCACCGGCUUUCUGGCCCUCUGCUUCCGCUGCGUCUCACUGUUUCAGAGCCUCGGCCUCUGAAUGUUUUACCCCUGAACUCUUAGCCAGCCGCGGUCUCGCUGCACCAUUUUUUUUUUUUUUUACAUUUACGCAGAGAUGCUUUUAAAUUGGACAGUAAAGCAUUUUCUGAUGGUUAUCACCAGGCCACUUCAUACCGAGGAAUCUGUCUGUGUCACUAAUUCAAACCUCGACAAUGACGGGGAGACGGCACAGGUGACACCUACCCAUGUAUACCCAUCCAUGUGCGUGAAGGGUUUGCUGCGUGAACACGUCCAGCCAAUCUAAUUGUUUUCAUUUGAGGGCAAAAUAAUUUAAAGUAUGUAGACGUUUUAGAUAUCCGUCCCGUCAGUAUAAUGAUAAUAUUGUUUUGUAAUCAUUCCUCUAUGUGUCUUUUAGUUUUCCUGCAUUAACUAAACGUGAGUUUGGUGGCUCUGUGCUCGCCUCGUCUCUCAGCUCGUCUCUUUGGCUUCAUCCGAGAAAUAUUUAGCAACUUCAUAGCAGCGAGACUGACCAGUUGGUCUGUUUGUGGACAUCUGUUUGAAUGCGGAUAGAUCAAACAGAUUGUCCAAGCUGUCCAUGAUUGGGUGGCCUGUACUAUGCAUUAAUGCUAGAGGUUGAUGUAUGUUGUACACCAACUUGGAAUUUUCAUGGAUGUACAGUAUGAUUUUAGAUGAAAGGGACUGAUUUAGUUUUCACGCAAUUCAGGUCACAUACCGUUAACACACAGGGGAAUGUUUCUGUAUACUUAAUGAAUCUUUUCUUAACAUUUUCUGCAAAUGUAUUUUUUGAGCUAUAGCGUAAAGCAGACAGAAUGGGGUAAUUGGUACAUUCAUGGCCAAAGCAAAUGGCAUGGCUGCAUAGUGGGAACAGUAUGAUUUAGGAAGUAGGUGUGGUGGGAGUUUUAUUUCAGUCACAAGCAAUGGAAUCACCUCUGUUCAGACAGUGUCAUGAUUCCAAAGCACUGUGAAGCCCUGGAAACGUGUCUCCGCCUCUCACUAUUUGUAUAGAAAUCUCAGCAUU